UUUCUGCACGGGUGAAUUAGAGCGGUUUACCCAAACACCGCGGUGCUGCUGCUCGGUGAAUCAGUGCUCGGCAACUAUUUGAGAAAGCUACGAUUUCUCCUGUUGUAAGAGUCGAAGGUAAACAAAACGAAUCUCGAAUCAUAAAUGACUUGUUGUUCUUGCACAAAACCGUGUUACUGUAGUUCUUCACACUGAUGAUGAAAUUUAAUUUGUAAAUGUCUGGUCUUGAUAUAUUAAGAAACUUAAUAUCUAAGCAAAUCGAAGCAUAAGAGUAUCGAAAUGUCAGUUUCCUUGCUAGGACUAGGCUACACAAUGUUGUGAUGUUUAGGUAUUUUCAUCCGCUUUGGCUGUUGCAUUGGGAUAACAAAUACAUUUGAGUAAAGAGUAGGCUAUCUGCCCGUGUUAAGUAGGGAGGGAUGAUUAUGCAACGAAAUGUAAUGCAAGCCCCUCGGUUUUUUUCGUCUAAUAACACCUAUCAUGAGACGAGGAAAGAACAUGGCAUGCCUUGUCCAACCCCCCCCCCCCCGAGUUACAAAAAAUACCCUUUUGUGGACCGAAAUUUGACGACCAAUAAUGACACAGAAAAGACGUCACUCCGACAACGGAUUGCACAGUUGGAUCAUGUAUACAUUUCCUGCACCUGUCAUAGGCGUCCAAAUGACGUCCAAAAAUGUACCCAGUUCAAAGGUGAAAUGUUGAACAUUAAUAUGACGUCCAAGUUGGGUCAUGGUUUGACAUCCAAAUAGUAGACCUAGUUUGUCCCACUGUUUAGUGGGAUAAAGAGCUUUAGGAUAGCUUCACCAGAGCUAAUGGCUUUCUGGUAUCUGAACUGUUGCAAAAAACAUUCAUAACAGGCAUUUUAACUGAUUAACCACAGCCAGCCAGCCACGCACACAGAGGUCGGCCUCAGCCUCUGUCUCCCUCCCUAUAACCGUGUAAGACGGUUCUUUAGUUCACUCACGCUUCCUCUCCACCUGGGGGGCCAAUGGGCUUGGAACCUUCAUCCUGUCUCGAGAUAGAGAAGAACAGAAGUAGAGCAACCAACCAUCAGUACUGCAGUAUUAUGCAGCAUAACAGAGACAACAGUGUAGCUAGAAGGGAUAUUUAGUCACUUUUAUCCACCAACUUCAACUUCGGCCACCAUGAAGAAAUGGUCUGUGUGUCUGAUAUAUUUUUUCAUGAAGACAGCUGUUGUCUUUGCAGAGGUGCUGUUCAUCCACAGGACAGAGGGGCAAUCAACAGACUUCUCCUGUCCCCCUGAGGGGCCCGCUAGCUCUCUGAAAGGCUUCACGCUGUCCCGCCUGUACCCCGGCGUCCCGGGUCGGCAAACCACCUUGCUAUCGGUGUGGGCGGACUCCAGCCCCAGCCUCGAGCUAGACCUCCGGCUCCGGGGACGUCUGGUCGUGGCGUCUGGGGGGUUGGGCGCGUGGUGGGUCAACCUUACCCUGACCGACCUGCAGCCCUCGGACACGGGGCUGUACAACCUGGAGCUCACAAGCAGCUCCACGGCCAACGGUUCGGACCGCAGCCUCCUCACCUGUCCACAGGUGCUUCUGUUGGUGGAGGGGACUGAUAGGCAGUGCCACCAGUGCUCUAGUAAGUACACAUCCCUGCUCUACAGCAUAUUUGCUGCUACAGUACUUCUGCUGCUGAUGUCUACCUGGCUAGCGAGAAAGAGAUGGAUGAGGGCGAGGUGUCGUCAGAAACCACAGCCGCCUCAUCCGAUCUACGAGGAAAUGAACAGCAAGAGUGAGAGGCGGUGCGCAGGAAGCCCCCAGAAUAUCACCAUGAGCACCUCACACAUGGAGACAGCCUUCCCUGUGUACUCCAACCUCGGCAUCAGGCAGGCGGAGGACAACUACUACGCCUGUCCCCGGCAGAUCACACACCCUCCAAUGCUCUGAACCUCCUAACUUACUUUUAUACAUCCAUGCUCUUUAAGCAUAGGCUGCUCUGCCAUCUUUCUUCCUGCCUGACCUCUAAAGGCUAAAUAGGAGUCUCCAAGAGGGUGAUAGCGAACCAACAACAGGAAGGAGGAUGGAGGAAGUAGAUCGUACAAGAGCUUUCAUGUAAAAACAAUAGCUUGGGGCCCAUGAUGAAAGGUACAGAUAUUUCACAGAAACGUGCUACGCCUGCAAAGCUUUGAUUAAAAUCAGACGGACGACAAGUUCAUCUUUAACAGCCAAGUAAAAAACUGCAGUUUUAUUAAUAUUUGAAAGAAGCGCCAUUGAUUAUUAAAACCAUUGUUUCAUUUUUUUUCCGGUGCAUGUCAUUUAACAAUCACAUUCUAUGAGGAGAUAGAUAUACAGAGAGUAAAAUAAAACAUUACAAGCCACGGAACUUUCAUUUAAUCUCAGUACAGACAUCUUUCCUUAGCAUUUCAUAAACAUGAAAAACAAUGCAACACAGCCCUAAUCCCCCCCCCCCCACCCAACCAAAAUACUUUUAACUGAAUAAAAGGGACCAAGGGACAGAAGGAAAAAACACAAUUGAACCAAGAUACACCCCUGAUGGGUUCGAAUCCCACAGUGCUCUAGACUAAGAUGCUCAUUGGUGUUUUUUUGUAAGAAAUACACAGCAUGGUGAUGUAGCGGUACAUAGUUGUGGGGGGAGGAAGUUGGAGUAGGGAGGUGGUGGUGCAGGCUCCAACAUCUGCAUUGAUAAAGACCUCCGCAGUCCACCCACCACUUUAGGAUAACACAAUACAUUGGACACCCCUCCCCCCACCCCACAAGACAAAGCAAAAAAUACAUGGGUCACAGAGAAGUAGGUAACGACACCUUCAUCAGCGCCCCAAAACUUUGUGCAUAGAUUUGUGAUCUUUUGAAACCAGUCGGUUACAAAUAAAAAACGAUCCUGCAAGUAAGACCCACCAAAAGCAUUCACAAAAAUGGUUUCAAAUGUUUCUAUUGUCUAAUACCCGCCAUAUAUAUAUAUAAAUAUAAGAGAGAGAGAGAGAGAGAGAGAGAGAGAGAGAGCGAGAGAGAGCGAGAAAGAGAGUAAUGCACAAUGUUCCUGAUUCAGUCAGGUCGGGACCUCAUAAUAAAAUACAAUAAAGAUUCAAACAGCAAUG